AAGCAGCACCGUGGCGGAGAAAUACGCGCUUCCUGCAAGGUCGUCGCCGAGGGGGAUGGUUGAUGUGGCGCCGCCGCGUCGUGCUUGGCCAGCGGCGGAGGAAGCAGUUUCUGCUGGGAGGCCGCGUCUUGCUCGGGCGUCGUUGGGGCCGGCGGUUGACGUGUGGCCGCCGCGUCCUGCUAGGUCGGCUGCAGAGGAAGAAGUUGCUGUUGGGAUGCCGCGUUCUACUUCGCCGACGGCAGAGGAAGCAGUUGGUGUUGGGACGCGACGUCAUGCUAGGCCGUCGUCGGAUUGGGCGGUGACGCCAAAUCCGCCGCUAGCGUUUGUGGGGAAAUUUCCAGCUCCUGUUCUGCUCCGUCCAUCGGGGAAGAGGUCCUCGUUUCGCGAGCGCAGAAGCCGGCGUAGAGAUGGGUCCUGCUAGAUGCCAUUUUGUUGUCUGUCAUUGGUGUACCUUGUGCUUUGUUGCCUUGUUGGUGAGCAAGACGCAGAAUGUCAUGCAUUUCGGUUGGGGGGUCAGACAGGUUUAGGAAGGAGCAUGGCGAUUUUAGUUGGAAGUUGGGAGAGAGAGAUAGGGUGUGCCUGUGCGGCUGUGAUUUGUGUUUUCUUCUGUUUGGUCUUCAGCAGGCUUUGUUUGUGGACCUGGUAAGCCACGUCUUGAUGGAAAUACUGGUUGACUGACUGCAAUGGUCCUUGCUGAUUGUUCAGUUAGUGUGUCCUGAGUAUGUCUAGAAGCUUUUUGUGCCUUUUGUUGUUUCUUUGGUUUAUCAUGUGUGUUUUUUUGCUGCGCAAUUGAUUGAUUGAUUGUCGUUGUACUAUCGGAAAUUUCAUGGAGCAACCAAACUAAUCAUCUCAUGGUUUUUCCACGACUAUCUUCAAGAAGAAUUUAAGUGUAAAUAAUGUGCGAUUUUGGGUGAGGAUAGAAUUGAUAAAGUUGGUCAAUAAUAGAGAUGGAUAGUCACUUUCCAUAUUUUGAUUGUGGUUGAGAGUUAGUUCGGCUUUGCCUAAUUCAUUUUAAUUUGUUCCGUAGGAGUUUACUUUUGCAUUUUUGCGUGGGUGUGCAUGUAUUCUCAUGUUCAGUUAUUCUAAAGUUCAGAUAUGAUCUGAGUGUUCUUUGAAUAUUCUGGGGUAGAAAGUAAUCUGAAGAUUUGUAAUUAAGAGGUAAUUAUUGGUAUCAAUGCAACAGUAGUGAUUCAGAUAAAGUGUGUUUGUUUGAGCUGCAUGCUUACAGUUAAAGAUAAUAGCCUUCCGUAUCUGAACAAUUUGUGAUA